AAGGCUUAUCUGUUAUCUGAUGAUGAUGAUAAUGCGUGCUAGCCCCAAAACCGCAAGUUAGGCGAGCCCACAGUCGGAGCGCCAAAAUUCCUGGGUUGGGUUCUGAAAUUCGAGAUCACGAAAACUCGCAGACGACCUGAUCCUGAACGCCGAGCCUGUUCACGUUCAUACCGCCAAGAUGUCCAACGUCUCUGCUGACCUUAUCUGGGAGAUUUCCCGCACCUCCAACGCCUUCCUCGUCAAGAGGAAGUCGGGCGCUGCUCCCCAGUUCUCCCGUGACCCCCUGAACCUGACGAACGUGCAUUCGCGCAAGUACGCGGGCUUCGUCAACGACAAGGCCCUCGGUAUCGUCCCCAACGAGAAGGGCGGCGUCCGGGUCAUCAGCAAGAAGCCGGCUUCGGUCAACAAGCCCGCUUCGUCCCUGUACACCGUCACCUAUGGUGCCAACAAGACCGCGCGCAAGACCUACAAGGCUGUUGCCAACCAGGUCGCCAAGAACGGCUACCGCCCCGACCUCCGGCAAGUCGCCGUCGCCCGCGCCAGCGCCAUCCGCCGGGGGCAGCGGCCCGCCAAGCCCGAGCCGGCGCCGAAGCUGAGAGGCGCGGCCGCCAGGAGGGCUGCUGCCGGCAAGCAGUAAAGGGAUGACGGAAGUGCCAGGAAAGACGGAACACUUGUAUCGCUGGAUCGUGCCUGCGGCCCUCUUGCACAGGGAGGACGUUCAACAGACGACGGAAUGGGGGGCAAUAGGACAGGGCGGAUUGCCAGUCAUGUGUUCAGGAGCGGCCACGGCGUUUGAUAUCCAAAGAACCAAUCACUCAAAGCGGGCUCUUUUUGGCAAC